CCUUUAUUUUUGUGCCCUUGUGCUGUCUCCUUUGCUGUAAAAAAAGAAAAACGUGUAUAUUUACGUCAGCUUCCUGCCUUCCUUCGUUUAUAUAUACAUGUGUGUGUGUAAUUCACCACGGCCUGAUCACGUGUUGGACUCGUAAUUGCCAGCAGGUACCCUCCCGACAUGAGCAAGUGCUCUUUAUCGUCGAUCUCUGGGCACUGCCAGGACCUCACACACCACACAUCCAUCCCCCUUGCUGAAGGGGGGACAGUAGCCACUUCUAGUCAAUGGAAAGAAUCCGGCCUGAGCAGGGCUCAAACUGCCGCCCUGUCAGACUGUGAAGCCUGCCAGCAUAGCGCUCUACCAGUUGCGGCACAGAGUCGUGUUUUGUGUGAGGCAUAAACCAGACUCACCACAAGCACAUCAGCCAUACCCACAGCCAGACCCACAAGGUCACAGGAGGAGGCAAGACAGUUACAUAUGUGAAUAACCGUAAUACCAGACAUUAUUACACCAAUGAGAAUGAAGGAGAAAGAGCAUGAAGGAGGAGGAGGAGAUGAAGAACGAAGAAGAGCAACUAUAGAAAAAGAAGAGGAACAAAGAAGAGGAGGAGGCAGAGAUGAGCAAAGAUGGGAAGGAGGAGGAGGAGGGGGAGAAGGCCAUAGAGGAGCUAAAGAAAGAGAAGGAGAAGAACUUAGAAGAGAACAAGCUAGAGAAAGAGAAGUAGAAGGAGGAGGAGGAAAAGGAGAGCAAAGAAGAAAAGAAGAUGAAGAAAUUGAAGGAAAAAGAGGAGGAGGAGGAGGAGGAAUACACAUAGGAAGAGAGGAACAAAGAAGAGAAGGAAAAAAAAUAAAAACAGGAACAAUCGGAACAAUAUGGCUCCUCACACUUCUUAUCCUGACCAUUGCAAUGAGGGUGGCAGCGAAACAUGACCCCUAUGACCUCGACGAAGAUGAUGACCUCGCCACCGCCCUCCACCGCCUUUACCAAGACUCAGACGGUGCGAUGGACCCACACAACAUGUUGCCCGGGGAGAAGGCUUACCGUCAGCCGUCCAGCUCUGGGGGGCAAGGCACGGAAGAGGGUGAUGAUUCGCAAGGUUACUGUCGGAAGGAAGAAUGUAAGGGCGAGGAGAAGGUGACCGAGGAGCUGAACGGAUGCCUGGAACAUCUCAACACUAUGCGGAACUCCCUAGAGAAGGAGCAGAUCGCGUCCCUCCAGCUGCAGAAGAUUCUGGCCAAGGAGGGGAUUCUGGACCUACAGGCGUUCUACAAGCGGGCCGUGCAGCAUCUGUGGAACACCUUACGGCUAGAGGAGGGGCGGGAGGUGCUGAAGGAUGGAAGUAGCGCCCUCAUGAGACAGGUCAUGGUGCGGGUGACCCAAGACAACCUGGAGGGACUCGACAACUACCUGAAGACAGAGAGCGAGCCACAUAAGGUUGACGAGUUUCUCCAGCGAGGGUUCACACUGCAGGACCUUCCCUCAGACGCCCCACGCUCCCUCCUGCACUCCCUCCUUAUGCUGGGGGCCUCCGUGCUGCAAGCCGGGAAGAGUCUGGAGCUGUGGCUCGUGGUGAUGUGCCUUGGGUUCCUCGCGCUGGGGCUGUGGGCUGUGGUGCUGUUCGUGCGAGACAUACAGAGGGAGCUGCGGUGGGGCCGAGUCCUGACGAUGAUGGCCACGGUGGUGUUCUUUAUAUGCUGUCUGUGGCACUGGCGGCAUAUGUAUAAGAUGGCAGAGUCUCGGAGGCACGCCCAGUUAGCCAAGAGAGGUUACGCUGGCAUACCUGAGGAGUGCCAGCCUGGUGCCUCGACCUCCACUGCUGCCAAUGUGUACGACUGGGUCAAGGUCAACUUUUUUGGCAGCCCGGAUGUCUGCGAACGUUACUUUGAGGAGUUGAUGAUCGACCCCUCAGAGGAGAUUACGCCGGGCAUGGUCAUCGCUGAGACGCUCUCCCGGUUCGUCUUCCAGCCCCUGCAGCACCUGGGGACCGAGAGCGCUAAGCUGACCACAAAUUUUUAUAAAAACGUGCCGGUCGCCUACCACCUCCACGCCACGGUGCUGUUCCUCGGCCUGUUAAUAGUGGUGCUGUUCUUCGGCUGCGCGUACGGCGUAGACUUCCCUCUCGGCCUGGGGGGGUUCAGUCCUAAGACGAGACCUGGGGCGAAGACAUCGGCAGUCGGGGAUGGGGAUGGGCUCGGCCAGGAGGCGGUGGAGCAACUCAAGAGGGACCGAGAGAAGUUUUUGGAGGAGUCUCGGCGGAUGCUGGGCGACAUAUCCAGGGAGGCGGUGAGCUGGCAGGGCCGGCAGCAGCCUCUGGUGGUAGCCUCAUCCAGCAUCCUUGAGGCCCAGCUGGAGGACCUCAUCUCCCAGCACCUGAGCCGCGUCAUGGAGCGCAGCCGCCCCGCCGUGCAUACCAUCACCUCCACGCCCCUGCGCUCCGAGGGCCACCCUGCCCCCUCAUCACAGGAUUCCCAGGAGGAGCCGAGAGUGGGCACGCUGGCCGACUUCAGCUCCUCCUCUGAGGGCUCCAUUGAUCCCAGCAGCACCUCGACCAUGGCUGUGAUGGUGUCCACCGACGCUGUGCACCGCCGCAUGGCCAACACGCCGCCCGUCAAGGUGCUGCCGCCGCGCACCUCCCGCAGCAGCAGCCGCGACAGCAGCAUCAACAGCAGCCCCGCCCCCAGUGAGGUUAACAGCCCCUCCGGCCGCAGGAAGAAACCCGGGAAGUUCCAGAGGAAAUACCGCAGCACUGAGAGCCCCCCCAGAAGCCCCCCACCCAGCCCCUCGGCCAGCACGCAGUCCCUGGGCGGGGCGGGGCUGGAUGAGCCAGACCAUUGUGCCCCAGGGGACAGCGACAGCUUCCUGGCCAGGGUGCGGAACCUCCUGGACUCCUCGGCAAACUUCGGCACCCCCAGCCCCCCCAGAGGUGCCGAGGGAGGGUACAGCAACGCCCAGAUGUGAGACUCAGCAGGGACCCCAGACCAGCCUCACAGUCCUAGGGUGCGGCAAGAAGCUCUCCACAGGCAGCACCUCGCCACCUCAGCCACGCCACGGCCAACACGCUCACCUCAAUCUAGCACUAAGGUCGCACGGCUAUGUAUGUGUGUGUGUGUGUGUGUGUGUAUGUGUUGAAGCGGGCGUACAUGUGUGUGUUCUUCAGGGUCUUGCUUGCUCAUGUUAGGUUAGGGUUGUGUGUGUGUGUGUGUGUGUGUGUGUUGGUUUGUAUGUAAGCAGUGUUGUUUACGCGCACAGCCUUGUAUAUGUGUGUGUGUGUGUGUUGAUAGCAUACAUACACAAUUGUCAAGGUCUGUUUGUGAGUGCGUACAUACCGUUUUUCCUGUUAAUUAAGUUUUUUCAGGAGAUUAGCAAGACACCUCUCAUACACACACUCACACACACACACAAACCACAUAUUCAAAAAACAUAUAUAACUUGAGUGCCGAUAUGCGUAAACACUAACAACAGACAGAUUAUAAGGGGUUGCGUUCACUUUUUAUAACCCGGUGUGAGAUUAGUUUGACCCGUGUUGCAAGCUCUCCCUUCCUUGGCAAUAUUCCCUCCCUCCCCACCCGACCCCUUUUUUAGGUUACGGCUUCGAGAACAGAACGCCCCAAUAAUCAUCAUCAUCAUCAUCCCUUUUUUAGUGAAGGCGGCAACUCAAGGGAAGAAAUAAUAAGGAAUACACAAGGAAAUACUCUGCUGAUAUUAGUUCUAGCAGCAUCAGUGUGUUAGCGGGCUUUAUUUAUUUAUUUAUUUAUUUUUAAGCCUUGUUUUGUUGCCCUUGAGCGGUUUCUUUAGCUGUAAAAAAAAUGUCUUUCCCUGCAAGCUUUCUAUAUGUGACAGUUAUCGGGGUGGGUGGAUAUGCCUAACAUUUUUUUUCUUCUUCUUUUCCUUAUUUUUUUCUUCCUUGUCGCUGUCUUCUACUUCUUCAUCUUCACUUCAGGUAUUUCUUAUUUUCUUUAUCAUCUCUGUUAUUUAUUUUUUCCUCUUCUUCUUUCUUUCUUUUUCUUUAUUCUCUCUUCUUUUUCUUCGUCAUUGUCCAUCAUCUUCACAUCAGGUAUCUUUUUUUUCUUUAUCUUCUCUACAUCAUUUAUUUCUUCCUCUUCUUUCUUUCUUUCUUUCUUUUUCUUCUUCUUCAUCUUUACAUCAAUAACUUCUUCUUCCUCGUCUUCAUCUUCUUAAUCAUCUCUGUCCGUAAUAGCGUAGUGCAAUUAUAAGGGAAGAAGUAUUAUAUUUAUAGGUUGUGAAUUCUGUGCAAUACAAUGAAGGGAGAAACAGUUUAUAGGAAGAAGCUGCCACUGGAUUUUAGAUCAACAAUGACUGACGUUUUUAGUAAGGGAGAGCUUGGAACACAGUGAAGGGAGAAACGGUUUAUAAGAAGAGUCUGCCAUUGGAUUUAGUUUGGCAGUGGCUGGUAUUUCUUAGUGACUGAGAGCUUGGAACACAGUGAAGGCGAGGAACAGUUUAUAAGAAGCAGCUGCCAUUGGAUUUUAGAUCGACAAUGACUGACAUUUUUAGUGAGGGAGAGCUUGGAACACAGUGAAAAUGAAGAACCUGCUGUUGCUUUUUAGAUUAGCAAUGACUGGUGUUUUUAGUGAGGGAGAGCUUGGAACACAGUGAAGGAGAUGAACAGCUUAGAAGAAGAAGCUGCCAUUGAUUUUCAGGUUGGCAGUGGGUGAGGUUUCUUAGUGAGGGAGAGCUUCAAAUACGAGCAUUAGAGGUUUAUUCUCAAGCAUCAACUAUACUUCCAAAGGCUGAAAAGGAGAUCAGUCAGGUUCUAUUUCACAUUCUUUCAGGGUCGAACUACCACUAGGGUCAUAAAGCUACCUCUGGAAAUGCCCAAAGCUUCUACGAAAGCCUUGCCAGCUGUGUGUGUGUGUGCUUUGGUACCGAGAACAAAAAAAUCAUAAAAACGCAAAUGAAUGAGUGCGUCUGACAAGGCACGAGUCUUAUUUAUUUAUUUAUUAUUAUUUUUACAUCUAAGGAGAUGGCUCAAGGGCAACAAAAAGAGUGAA